GGCUCCAGCGGCGCGCAGGAGCGCUCCCCCCUGCGUCUCAUCCCCGCCAACGUCACUUCCGCUCCCAAGAGAGUCAGGAACUACAUCUCCCAGGCUGCCCUGGGGGGCGCUUCCGUGUUGUCUAGCCCAGGCUGCAGCGCAAUAUCCAUGUUUUCUGCCAGGUUUUUCCAUCCUUCCAAGGACCAGGGAAGGGAAGUGGCUGCAAUGGAGCCAGUUGAGGGGCUGGUGAUCUUUGAGGAGGUGGCUGUAUAUUUCACCAAGGAAGAGUGGGCUCUUCUGGACCCGGGUCAGAGAACCCUCUACAGAGAUGUAAUGCUGGAGAACUAUGAGACUGUGACCUCGCUGGUCCCCCUUCUCACCCUGAUGGGCUGCAGAACGACAUCCACAUUUCACUCCAGAUGGGCCCAGCCUCCUAGGGGACGGGGAAGGAAAAUGGCUGCUGUGGAGCUGGCUCAGGAGCCAGUGACCUUUGAGGAGGUGGCGGUGUAUUUCACCAGGGAAGAGUGGGCUCGGCUGGACCCUGCUCAGAGAGACCUGUACUGGGAUGUCAUGCAGGAGAACUGUGAGAAUGUGACCUUACUGGGAUUCCCAGUUUCCAGACCUGAAGUGAUGUCCCAGCUGGAACCAGGGGAAGAAGAGCUGUGGGUCUCAGAUCUCCAGUGCUCAGAGGAAAGAGAGAUCCUGAGAGGAACCUGCUCAGCUUCUGAGGUUUCUCUCUCUGUCUCAGAAGAUGAUGAGAUGGUGAGUGAGAAAAAAGAGCAGAAUCCACAGCAGGAAGAUGCUGAGCACAUGGAACUCCAUGGGGACUUACCACAAGGAACUCAAGGGAACAUGUCCAGGAGUCAUGAAGAGAGGCAGCAGGGAAACAAAUCGGGGGAGAAAGUGGGUAUAUCUAUCAGUUGUGAGGAAAAUCUCAAGGACCUCAAGGAAACCACAGCCCAGCAGAGAAUCCUCAAGGGAGAAAGACAGAACAUGUGCCCUGAGUGUGGGAAAACCUUCCCUUGGCACUCACACCUUAUUAGACAUCAGAGAAUCCACACAGGAGAGAGACCCUAUGAGUGUGGUGAGUGCAGGAAAACCUUCUCUUGGCACUCCCAGCUCAUUGUACAUCAGAGAAUCCACACAGGAGAGAGACCCUAUGAGUGCUGUGAGUGUGGGAAAAACUUCUCUCGGCGCUCACACCUUAAUGUACAUCAGAGAAUCCACACAGGAAAGCGACCCUAUGAAUGCUGCAAGUGCAGGAAAACCUAUAUUCAGAGAUCAGACCUUGUCAGACAUCAGAGAACUCACUCAGGAGAGAGACCCUAUGAAUGCUGCAAGUGCAGGAAAACCUUCCCUCGGCGCUCACACCUUAUCAGACAUCACAGAACCCACAAAGGUGCGAGCCCUUAUGAAUGCUGGUUUCCAGUUUCCAAACCUAAGUUGAUGUCCCAGCUGGAAGCAGGGGAAGAACUGUGGGUCUCAGAUCUCCAGGGCUCAGAGGAAAGAGAGAUCCUAAGAGGAACUUGCACAGUUUCCAUUCCUGCCUCUGAGGUUUCUUUCUCUGUCCCAGGAGAUGAUGGGAUAGCGAGUGAGAACAAGGAAGAGAAUCCAAAGCAGGAAGUUGCUGAGCACGUGGAAGUGCACAGGGAAUUAUCACAAAGAACUAAAGGAAACGUGUCCUGGAGUCAAGAGGAGCGGCAGCAGGGAAACCAGCCAGGGGAGAAAGUGGGCAAAUCGAUCAGUUGUGAGGAAAACGACCUCAAGGGAACUGCUGCCCAGCAGAGACUCCUCAAGGGAGAGAGAAAAAACAUAUGCUCUGAAUGUGGAAAAACCUUCCCUCGGCGCUCACACCUUAUUAUACAUGAGAGAAUCCACACAGGAGAGAGACCUUAUGAAUGCUGUGAAUGCCGGAAAACCUUCACGCGACGCUCAACCCUUAUCAGCCAUCAGAGAACCCACACCUAUGCAAGACCUUAUGAGUGUUGUGAGUGCGGGAAAACCUUCACUCGGCACUCAGACCUUUUCAGACAUCAGAGAAUCCACACAGGCGUAAGCCCCAGUGAAUGCUGGUUUCCAGUCUCCAAACCUGAGGUGAUGCUGGAAGGAGGGGAAGAGCUGUGGGUCUCAGAUUUCCAGGGCUCAGAGAAAAGAGAGAUCCUGAGAGGAACCUGCCCAGCAGGUGAUGGGAUUGUGAGUGGGAACAUGGAGCAGAAUCCACAGCAGGAAGAUGCUGAGCACAUGGGACUGCCCAGAGGAUUAUCACAAGGAACUAAAGGGAACAUGUCCAGGUGUUGUGAAGAGAGGCAGCAGGGAAACCACCCAGGGGAGAAAGUGGGUAAAUCCAUUAGUUGUGAGGAAAAUCACAUGGACCUCAAGGAAACCACUGCCCAGCAGAGAAUCUUCAAGGGAGAGAGAGAAAACAUAUGCUCUGAAUGUGGGAAAACCUUCCAUCGGCGCUUAAAUCUUAUUUUACAUGAGAGAAUCCACACAGGAGAGAGACCCUAUGAAUGCUGUGAAUGUGGGAAAGCCUUCACUCGACGCCCAAACCUCAUUAGACAUCGGAGAAUCCACACAGGCGCGAACCCCAGUGAAUUCUCAGGGUUUCCCGUCUCCAAACCUGAGGUGAUGUCUCAGCUGGAACCAGGGAAAGAGCUCUGGGUCUCAGAUCUCCAGGACUCGGAGGAAAAAGAGAUCCUGACAGAAACCUGCACAGAUGAUGGAAUGGUCAGUGAGAACAAGGAGCAGAAUCCACAGCAGGAAGAUGAUGAGCAUGUGGAACUGCAUGGGGGAUUAUCACAAGGAAUUAAACGAAACAUGUCCCCACCAGGGGAGAAAGUGAGUAAAUCCUUCAGUUGUGAGGAAAAUCACAAGGACCUCAAGGAAACCACAGCCCAGCAGAGAAUCCUUAUGGAAGAGAGAAAAAGCAUAUGCCCUGAGUGUGGUAAAACCUUCCCUCGAUGCUCACACCUUAUUUUACAUCAGAAAAUCCACACAAGAGAGACAGCCUAUGAAUGCUGUGAGUGUGGCAAAACCUUCACUCGGCGCUCAGACCUUAUCAGACAUCAGAGAACCCACUCAGGCACUAGCCCCUAUGAAUGCUGCCAGUGUGGGAAAAUCUUCCCUUGGCGCUCACAGCUUAUUGUACAUCAAAGGAUCCAUACAGGAGAGAGGCCCUAUGAAUGCUGUGAGUGCGGGAAAGCCUUCACUCGACGCUCACAUCUUAUUAGACAUCAGAGAACCCACACCCAAGAGCGACCCUUUCAAUGCUGUGAGUGCGGGAAAACCUUCUCUCAGAGCUCAACCCUGAGUAGACAUCAGAGAAUCCAUGCUUGUGAGAGGCCCUAGGAAUGCUAUAUUUAGCCAGCACACUGUGAAGGAACUAUUCAAGUUGAAUGGCCCAUCAAAGAACACUGAACUCACAGUGGACUGUGGAAGACUCCUAUCCAUGCCUGAUGGAUUUUCCUGUGAACGUUCUAACUAAAGUAUGGGUAAUGGCCUCUGCUAUAACUAAGCGAAGCAGGCAUUGACAUGUGACUUGCCCAUGUGACUCCAAACCCCAUCUUGUUACCUGUAAUUUUCCACAAACUAGAACAAUGGGUUUCCCUUCACUUCGCAGAAGCUAUAAAAGCCCUGGAAACAUCUCCACUGGAAU